AUAUAAUAUUAAAAACAAAAUAAAAAAAAAAUGUUGCCCGAUUUAUUUAAAAAACCACAAAAAGCUGAACAUGAAAAUGAACAUUCUUUUGUUCUGUGGCUUAGGAAAAUCAUUAUUAUCGUAUUUUUAAUGAUCCUAGCAGGGUCCUUUGCGGUAAUGUGUGUUAGGAUGUCUAAAGAGAAUCCAUCAAUCAGCACUACAUUCACAUCAAUAGACAGUAUACUCGCACCAUCAAUUUAUUUGUCAUUUGCUUAUAAGUUUAACAUUUCUUGUUUAAUAUACUACGAUUAUGCAGGAAAAAACGAAACCAGUUGCGACGAAUAUGUUACACAGCCAAAAAAUACUGGUGAUAAAGAUUACCCUUAUGGCGGAAACUUUUCACCAAAAAAAGUCAAAUUGACAAGAUACGAUGAUAUUGGACCGUAUUUCGUUUAUCUUGAUAUAAACAUAAUAGUUCCAACAUUCAAUAACUUAACUGAAUCGUUUUUUAGAAUGAAUUUAUAUGAUACAGAAAAUGACUAUGUCAUAUAUAAUAUUGAGAGUAUGAAUAAGAUAAAAGGUGGAUCAAUGACUCCAUUUGAGGAAUCACUUUUUUAUUUGAACAAAUACACUUUAACAGGAGGUUAUUUAUAUAAAUUAGGAUUCUCUAAAAAAAUCAGAAGAAUUUUGAGUAAACCAAUCUUGUCUUAUAUUGGAUUUCCAUCAAGUUAUGAUUCAAAACCAUAUAUUGAAUCAAAUAUACAGAGUGUCCCGGCUGCAUCUUUAAACGCAACACAUUUAAGAGUGCGUCUUAGUCCACGGAACUUUAUUUUAGAAGAGGAACAAGAACAAAGGAACGACAAUAUAUUAGCCGCAGUAGGAAUUAUCGCUGCAUAUUAUAGCUCGAUUGUCUUUAUUUACGUCUUCUUGUUCGGCGUCGAUUCAAUGAAGCCAUGGGGUUUAAUUCAUAGCGGAUGCUGCGGAUUACCAACAUUUGUCGAUCAAGAUGAUGAACCAAAUGAACCAAAUGAACCAAAUGAACAAGUACUUAACAUAGAAAAAAGAACCGCAGCAACAGUAACAAGAAUAACAAUAGCAGCGGCAGUAGCAUUUACAGCAACAGCACCAAUGAUAACGAUAAAUUAG